UGUCUUCUUCACCUGUUAAGAUCAUCGGCCAUUCGGUAAGCCCAUUCUCGCACCGCGUCGAGGCCGCUCUGCGGCUCAAGGGCGUGCCGUAUGAGCUGAUCCAGGAAGACCUGAGCAACAAGAGCGAGCUGCUGCUCGCCAAAAACCCUGUCCACAAGAAGGUGCCCGUGCUCCUCCAUGCCGAUCGUGCCAUCUGUGAGUCCCUCGUCAUCGUCGAGUACGUCGACGAGACCUUCGACGGGCCGUCCCUCCUCCCGGCCGACCCCCACGACCGUGCCACGGCCCGUUUCUGGGCAGACUUCAUGGACAGGAAGCUCCUGAAGCCGUUCUGGCUGGCGCACUGGACAGAGGGCGACGCGCAGAAGGCUCAGGUGGAAGAGGCCAAGCAGAAGCUGGCGCUCAUGGAGGCGCAGCUCGACGGGAGGAGGUUCUUCGGGGGCGACACCGUCGGCUACGUCGACAUCGCAGCCUGCGUGCUAGCUCCUUGGCUCAGCGUCGUAGAGGAGGUGACUGGAGUGGCCGUGGUUGACGAAGGUGAGUUCCCUGCUCUGCGCCGUUGGUCCAGAGAGUACAGCUCCUGCGAAGCUCUCAAGCAGUGCGUCCCGGACAGGGACCAGCUCGUCGCCUUCUAUACUGAAAGGAAGGAGGCGUACAAAGUGUUCGCUAAUGCAUGGUUGCAGCAGUAGUUUGGUUUUGUGUGUGGAAUAAUAAUGUAUGGAUCACAGAUUGUCUGUGCUGAAAUAACAGUAAUGAGCCUAGCUAGAUAAGUAAAUAACCAUAUGCAUGUCUCAGAAAAGUUUAGAUGAGUUGACCAUCGAAACCCCGAUUCAGAACAUCCACACAAUCUAUCCAUGUCUAUUCUGAG